CUAUAAAUCGCAUAUAAAGAAACCAAAUAAGUGUUCAUAAAGAUCGAAACUUUGCUUAUUUAAAAGUCCAAGAUCUUGACUUCUGUUCUUUAAAACUGCAAAAAACCCUAAUCUUCUUUUCUACCACUUUUUCUGUGCAAGUGCAUCGAAAACAAACCCCAGAAAGAUCGGAAAUAAACCCCUUUUCGGGAACCAUUUUGGAUAUACAAAAACCUUCAAUUCUCCGUUAAAAAGCUCAACAUGUCUUCAUUAACAUUCAUGGAUGAUCAAAAGAGUUUUGAAGGUGAUAAAAUGGAUCAUGAAGUCAUGUUACCAGGGUUUAGGUUUCACCCGACAGAUGAAGAACUUGUUGGAUUCUACUUGAAGAAAAAGAUUCAGCAUCAGAUUCUUCCAAACGAGCUUAUCAAACAGGUUGAUAUAUACAAGUACGACCCAUGGGAUCUUCCAAGUUUGGCUCCAUUGGGUGAAAAAGAGUGGUAUUUCUACUGUCCAAGGGAUCGUAAAUAUAAGAAUAGUGCACGACCAAAUCGUGUGACGGGAGCUGGUUUUUGGAAAGCUACGGGUACAGACCGACCUAUUUACUCGUCAAGUGGUGCCAAGUGCAUUGGGUUGAAGAAGUCACUAGUGUUUUAUCGUGGUCGAGCAGCAAAAGCGAUCAAAACGGAUUGGAUGAUGCAUGAGUUUCGGUUACCUUCGGUCGUUGAACCAGAACAGAACAAGAAGAUUCAAGAUAAAAGCCUUCCUCCAAAUGAUGCAUGGGCCAUUUGUAGGAUAUUCAAGAAGACAAAUUCAGUAGCGCAACGAGCAAUUUCUCAUUCUUGGGUAUCUGCAUAUGAAGAUAGGACAUCCGAAUUUGUCACACAUUCGAGCCAGUUUAGUCCCGAGAACAAUUCUUGCAUGACUGACCAUCUUUGCUACAGCGUAAAACCAACAGCCACUAAUAGUUAUUCGGAUCUUGAAGCUCCACCAUACCAACUAGUAAACAAACCGUCUCCUUUCCAACUUCCAUAUGUAGACUUUAGUACCAAUGGGUUCCUCUUUUCACCCACCGAUACAUCACAACCAAGGGUGUUGAAUCUCGAGGAUGCAAGAAAGAAUUGUGGAAGUAUGAACUUUGGAGGUGAACAACAACCCUUAGACGACUUCUCAAUUAAUCAUUAUCGUGAAAACGAGCUUGGAAAUGUUUUGAUGGGUGGAUUUCCCUUCGGGUUGACAUCCACGAUUGCUGUUUCCGAUGAAAGGAGGCUUACUAUGGCUUGGGAUUCACCUCCAAGUCAUAGUGCAUCCACAACCUAGCUACUCUACAAAUUAUGUCCGACGUAUGUGUCAUGAUUGGCAAAAAUGUGUCGGAAACAGUCCUAGCCUUGUGUCCGAUGUUUACGAUUAAUAUGCUUUACAUCGUUUACUUUGGCUAGGGGACCGGUUUGGCUGUGGAUAGGUUGGUGUGGCCUAUGUGAGGAAAAUGAAACAAUAUCCAGUGUUGCCAUGAAUUUGUAAUUUACAUGUGUCCUAGGAACAUUGUUUGUUUCUGGUGAUAUGCAUAAUGCUUUUAAUUUCUAAUAGAACUACAUGUGUACAUUAUUUGUAUAUAGAGAGCUGAAGAUCACAACCCAAUGACCAACGUCAUAAAU